GUCCAGUUUUGGAAAUGGAUUAUUUUGAGUUACUUAUAGCGAGCACUCUGGUUUGGGGCACUCUGGUUCGCGGCACUCUGGCUUGGAGCACUCCAGUUUGGAGCACCCUGGCUUGGAGUACUCCCACGGAAAGCGCUACAAGGUGGACUACUUGUAUGUACAGAGCUCCUAUGACCCAUUCUUAAAACUCCAACUAAGGAGAUUGAUAUGGGGGGACUUUGAUGCGGAUACAUUUUCUGGGCCCCAUCAGCUCAAUGAAAGACGGGAACUGCUAUCUUCGGCAAGUGAGAUGCCGGGUUCACUUUCGGAUCUAUCCGUGCGCGACUAAUUUAAUGUAUGUUAUAUAUCAGCAUAUAAUGUCAGCCUUUGAGAUAGUUAGCCCAUCAUCCGCCUUUGGCGACAUAGAAAAGCAGUGCUAAUCUUGUCUUGCACGACAGCGGAUUGUAUAAUGGGGGAAGUUUGAUG